AUGGAUCCAGACGGCCUCGAAGAAGCGCUGGACCUGUCUCGGGACAGGUCUCAGUACCAAGGCGUUUAUAUCUACCAACCCGCAAAGCCUGGGAAAUCCGCCAAUGAACCCCCAAAGAAGCGUCGCAAAGUCUCCUCCACCGGUGCCCAAGACCCAAAAUCCGACUCGCAACAUUUUAUACCUCUACUGAAUGGAGAGGAGAGCGCCGAAGGUGUACAACAACGACUGAACACCUACAAGCAGCUGUGGUCCGAACAAGAACAGAAGAUCCAGGGAAUUUUGGAAGACGUGGAUGCGGGAGUUCUCACAGACGUGCUGUCUUUCGUGAGAGAGACGUCACCACAAACGUGCAAUGGAUGUAUACCGACGGCUCUUGUGACAGUGGGAUCCAAUGUCUCGUCCCUUAGCAGAUUGUUAUCUCGCCUCAACGAUCACUUAACCUCAAGCGGGGAAGGCGGCGUUGUGGUAUUGGAGUCGGGCGACGCAACCAAUUUGAAGAAUUCAUUGAAGAACGUUAUCCGUGCGGCAGUCACAAACACCGAGGGCAAUGAUGGAUAUCAAAAGUUCCUCACAGAUCGAACAGGGCCUCGAGUACUCGGAUAUGAUUUGGACUUGCUUAACGAUUACGUUCAACGAAAAGGGACAAAGAAGCUGGUUAUUGCAUUGCGGGAUAGUGAGGCAUUUGACCCAGCUCUCCUAACAGACCUGCUGUCGUUAUUCCAAUCUUGGCUUGAUCGUAUCCCGUUUACUAUACUACUUGGUAUCUCAACAUCUGUUGAACUUUUCGAAACCCGGCUUCCUCGAUCUUGUGUCUCUCUACUCCAGGGCAAGCAUUUUGAGGUUCAAGAUGCUGGUAACUGUGUCGACCGGAUAUAUGAGGCCCUUCAGACCAAUCCAAAUGGAAAGUUGUGGAUCGGGCGUAACAUCACGAGCACACUAUUUGAAAGAGCAAGCGAUUACUUCCAAACCCCAGAAGCGUUCAGUCGUAUGGUCAAGUAUGCGUGCAUGUCGCAUUUCUUCGCCAACCCUCUUUCUGCGCUACUCGGAGACUCCAAACGACCCGAAUUAUUCCAGGGCCGUUUCAUCGAGGCUAUCAGAAAUCUGCCGUCUUUCCGAAUGUACUGUGAAGACCUGGUGGAAGCUGGCUCGCCUAUGGAAGUUCGGAAUUUACUUGAGAAUGAUCGGCAUUUGCUCGGAGAGGUUUUCAACCACCUUGAAAUCGGCCAGCAAAGAAUGCGCGAUAUAUUCCAGGCAGUGACCCUCAUCCAUGCUUGCCUCCAACAUACCCAAGGCACGAAAAAGUCAACCGUAUCGGAUCUUUCAGUCCGUGCCUUAGCUGGAGAGCUCGGCGAAUCUCAGGUCGUUGAUGAUAUGCUGGCUACCGUCAGGGCUAUGGAUUCCGAGAAACUUGAGGGUGUUCUUGCAACUCUCCCGGCAGCGUUAUCCAACGAUUCAACCCUUGCGGAGCUCAAGGCGGACUUUGGCACACUGCUGGAGACCUGUCCGGACCAAGAGCCUCUACGCAGUGAAUAUAACAUCAACAGCUCCGUAACCAAGACAACUGUUGUUCAGCAGCGCAUUCAGCUCAGCAAAGGCAAGGCCAAUCUCUCUGGGCAAGAUCUCGAGUAUACCAAAAUCAUUGAUCGACUAGUGGCUGCAUUGCAAGAAUACUUCACGGAAAUUCUGAUUCGACCACAAGAAUUGUUCAUGCAUGAAGCAUUUUUGUUUGAUCUGCGCAACCCACUCAAGGAUAACUUUGCGCCUCGUCCACGUUUUGCCAUCGAGCGUGCAAUGGGCAGCCCUUUCGAUUAUUUGAUUUCUUCCUCAGACGCCGAUCAAGGCCAAGCCAAGAUAUCUUCUAAGCAGCCUGCUGCCGCUAUCUUAUACCAGCUUUAUCUGGAAUCCGGUGCGUUGGUCAAUGUUCAUGACCUCUGGCAGGCAUUUCUUGCGGUUUUUGAAAGUGAAGAAGGCAAGAAAUGCGACGAGCGUAUUGUCAUGGCUUUGUUCUAUGGCGCCUUGUCUGAUCUCAAGAUGUUCGGCAUGGUCAAGAAUGCUAGCCGCAAGAAGGCUGACCACUUGGCGAAGUCGGCAUGGCUAGGAUUAUAG